AUGUUCUCUUCAAUUGCCCUUCUCAGUGGCCUGGUGGCUACCACUCUCGCGCACCCUACCCUCGAUCCCCGUGCUAGCUGCACAUUUACCGACGCUGCCUCUGCUAUCAAGAACAAGGCCAGCUGCUCGACCAUCACCCUCAACAACAUCGUCGUCCCCGCCGGAACCACUCUCGAUCUUACCAAGCUCAACGAUGGCACUCACGUCAUCUUCCAGGGCAAGACUACCUUUGGCUACAAGGAGUGGGAAGGCCCCCUGAUUGCCUUCACCGGAAACAACCUCCUCAUCGAGGGUGCCUCUGGCCACUCUAUUGACUGUGAGGGUAAGCGAUGGUGGGAUACCAAGGGCAGCAACGGCGGAAAGACCAAGCCCAAGUUCUUCAGCGCUCACUCCCUCAAGAACUCCAACAUCAAGAACUUGAACGUUCUCAACACCCCCGUCCAGGCUUUCAGCAUCAACAGCGUCACCAACCUUGGAGUCUACAACGUCCACAUGGACAACUCCCUCGGCGACACCCUUGGUGGCCACAACACCGACGCCUUCGACGUUGGCUCCUCCACCGGAGUCUACAUCUCUGGUGCUGUCGUCAAGAACCAGGAUGAUUGCCUUGCCAUCAACUCUGGCACCAACAUCACCUUCACCGGCGGAAACUGCAGCGGUGGCCACGGUCUCUCCAUCGGCUCUGUCGGUGGCCGUUCCGACAACGUCGUCAAGACUGUCCGUAUCCUCAACUCUUCCAUCUCCAACUCCGACAACGGCGUGCGCAUCAAGACCGUUUCCGGAGCGACUGGUUCCGUUUCCGACGUCAAGUACGACGGCAUCACUCUGAGCAACAUCGCCAAGUACGGUAUUGUUAUCGAGCAGGAUUACGAGAACGGCUCUCCUACUGGCACCCCUACCGCUGGUGUCCCCAUCACCGACGUCACCAUCAACAAGGUUACUGGAACUGUCAAGUCCAGCGGCACUGAUAUCUACAUCCUCUGCGCUAGCUGCAAGAACUGGACCUGGACUAACAACAAGGUCACUGGUGGCAAGACUUCUACCAAGUGCAAGGGUAUCCCCUCCGGAGCUUCUUGCUAG